CCGUGAUCGCGCAGAUAAUCGCAAUGCUGUCCCAGAUAUGGGACUUCUUAAGGACACCUACGGAGGAUGUGCACCUGCCCCUCCUGGGCAGUCACUGGCCUGUCCUGACCAUUCUGGGCACCUACCUGCUCCUCGUGAAAGUGGUGGGUCCGAGGUUAAUGCAGAACCGAAAAGCAUUUGAUCUUCGAGCUGUGAUCAAGGUCUACAACCAAAUGCAAAUUGUGUACAAUCUCCUCAUGUUUGGCUUUACCGUCCACUUCAUGUUCGGACCAGGAAACUUCGAUCUUAGAUGCGUCCGGAACUUGCCCUUGGAUCACGAGUACAAAAACUGGGAACGCUGGCUGAGCUACUCUUACUACUUGAACAAAUUCAUAGACAUGCUGGAGACGUUUUUCUUCAUCCUGCGAAAGAAGGAUCGCCAGAUAUCCUUCCUGCACGUCUUCCACCACGUCUACAUGGUGUAUAUACCCUUCUUUUAUAUGCACUAUAAGGGCUAUGGUGGCCACGGGCUCUUCGUAGUCUUCUGGAACAUGGUUGUGCACAGUCUGAUGUAUAUCUACUAUUACCAGUCAGCCCUCAAUCGAAAUUCGAAGGCGGUUAUCUGGUGGAAGAAGUACAUGACCACCAUCCAGCUAGUCCAGUUCUUAAUCGUCCUGUUGCACUGCACCUACACGCUCUUUCAACCUGACUGUGAAAUAGCCAAAUUCUCCGCAGGGAUGUCCGCAGUUUUUGCAUUUAUAUUCCUUAUAUUAUUUAUCAACUUCUACAUUCGCAACUAUAUUCUUCCAAAAAAGAAGAGUAAAUGAGUUUGGAGAGAUCUUGGCACAGCAUUGCAUGUUAUCAAUAUCACCCCAAACGAUGAAAGGAGAUCAAGGUCAAGAUGGCAACCAAAUGUAGAAAAGGUAAAACAAACGAGAUAAUUAAAAUUUAAUUUAACUUAAAAAUAAUCAAUAAAUACAGUUGUUAAACAAAA